AUGCUUUGCGCCAUCAUUACGUGGCUGCUCCCUGUAGCAUCACCUCUACUUGAUGGAGGUUCAAGGAGUAUCUUCGACAAUCUAAAGACUCAGAAGAACUUAGUGUACACUCCUGAAGAGGAGUUUCAGCAUUUCAGUCGAUUCGAGGAAGAGCUACAAGCCAAGAAUGUGCCGUUGUCCCCCAACCAGCUGGCAGAGCUGUAUGAGGACACAAGGCCAGCCAUCAUGCAAAGUCUCGUGGACGAGAUCAACUCCGAACAGAAUCUAUGGACGGCGUCCACUGACCAAGAGAGAUUCUACGGUCAUUCUCUCGGUGAUGCCAAGAAGCUUUGCGGAACACUCCUUGAGGAGGCUGAGGGGCUCGAGGAGAAGGUCUAUCCACCAGGGGAGCUUGCUGACAUUCCGAAUAGCUUCGAUGCCCGCGAUGCGUUCAAGGAGUGCAAGGACGUCAUCGGCCAUGUCUGUUGUGACGGCUGUACCAAAGGCAGACCCGACGCAGCUUGGUCCUUCCUCAACGUGUACGGUAUCGCCACCGAAGGGAGCAUGAGCGCAGCCGAUGGUUGUUGGCCGUACAACUUCCCAAAAUGUGGUCACCAUCAGCAAGAUUCCAAAUACCAGCCAUGUCCGGAGAAAAAUUACGACACCCCUCCGUGCUUGGACCGCUGUCCCAAUAAAAAUUACGGAACUCCGCUGGACAAAGAUCGUCACUUCACCGCACAUUUCUCACCCUAUCAGCUCAAGGGGACAGACAAUAUCAAGAAAGAGAUCAUGACCAAUGGCCCAACAUCGGCUGCAUUCUCUAUGUAUGACGACUUCCUGUCAUACGAGUCAGGCGUCUACAAGCACACGAGCGGCACCCUCAUGGGUGAACACGGUGUUGAGAUCAUCGGCUGGGGUACCAAGCAGGGCGUUGAUUACUGGCUGGUCAUGAACUCCUGGAAUGAAGGAUGGGGUGUUCACGGCACCUUCAAAAUAGCCCAAGGGGAUUGUGGCAUAAACGAUAUGGCCAUCGAACGAUUCAUGAGGUUGGUUGAGAGUCUCAACUUGAGACCAACUUCACGGCGUUGGCUUAGCUCACAUAGUUCCAAUAUCCUUAAUUGUCAAGCAUAUGUGAGGAGAAAGGUAGGUGACCGACACGGUCAUAUUCAAGAACCUGUCUCGAAAGAGGUUGUGUCUUAG